ACAGCUAUAUCGAGCACCUGUGGAAGACGUAAACCCUAAACCCUUGAAGCCAUAGUUAGAACUUCUUUGCGGCAAAUUCUUCCUUUCGCGGUGCGAGAUUGAAUCUUGUUUGGGAUCUGAAACUGUAAAUAAUUGAAGAGGGAUGCAGCACGAUGAGGUCAUAUGGCAAGUCAUCCGGCACAAUCACUGCAGUUACAUGGCCAAACUCACAACCGGGAACUUUUGUAGAAACCCACAUAAUGUGACCGGAAUUUGCAAUCGGAGCUCAUGCCCUCUCGCUAACAGUCGCUACGCCACUAUUUGCGACCAUGAUGGGGUCUUCUAUUUAUAUAUGAAAACCAUAGAAAGAGCUCAUAUGCCCAAUAAGUUAUGGGAAAGAGUGAAGUUGCCAAGAAAUUAUGAGAAGGCACUUGAAAUCAUUGACAAGCAUCUGAUGUAUUGGCCCAAAUUCCUUGUGCAUAAAACCAAACAACGUCUCACAAAAAUGACUCAAAUGCGGAUUCGGAUGAGGAAGCUUGCAUUAAAAACAAGGGAGAAGAUAAUGACUGUUCCCAGAAAAGAGAAGAAAAGAGAGGCUAGAAGGGAGGAAAAGGCUGAAAAAGCUGCAGUUCUUGAGAAGAAUAUUGAGAAGGAGUUGCUUGAACGGCUUAAAAGAGGAGUUUACGGUGACAUAUAUAACUAUCCCGUUAAUGAAUACAACAAAGUUCUUGACAUGGAGGCUUUGAGUGAAGACGAAGAGGAGGCGGAGCCAGAAAUAGAGUAUGUUGAAGGCUAUGAUGAACUUGAAGUGGAAGACGAUAUGGAAGAUUUUGGUGGUUUUGCAAUCAACGAGUCUUUCGAGAAUAAUGAUAACUCAGUUGAGAAUGAUGAAGAGGAAGCAUUUAACAAAAAGAGAGUAAGAAGUUCUGAGUCUGCUCGUGGAAAGCUAGAGAAAGACGAAGCUGGUGGAAAGGGGAAAAGGAAAGCCAAGGUGCUAGUUGAGGUUGAACAUGAAGGUGUUGGUGAAAGAGAGAAGGCAACCUUAUGAGAGCACUUGUAACAUAUGUCAUCCGGAAGUCAUCUACUCAAAGUUGCAUCAAUCUUAUUCCUUGAGUCAGAGAUUGUACAAAUGAUUUCUGUAGCAUGUCUUAUGAAUGGGCUUAAAGGGGACUCACAUAUGUGCAGAACUCAUUGUUCUGUACUUAAAUUUUGAGGUGGGGAUCAUAUAUUGAAAAAUAUUUGUCUAGUUUUCUCCCAAUCUGGAGUAAGAGGAUUACUUCCAUGUUGCUGAUCAUCAUGUAUUAAAUUUGCCAAUGAAUGAAUCAUUUGGAAU